GGUGCUCGAUUUUCAGAUAACCAAAGUAAAGAUGACAGGAAUGUAAAUAAUAAGGAAAUUACAGUUGUGCGGUCAAUGGAUCUUUUUCCUGAAAGAAGACACAUUAUGGAUGAUUCUCUCGAGUCGGUGACUGUGGUUGAUGUAUAUGAUCAGGCUGCAGGAAUUGGGAAGGAAUUUGAGAAGCUGAUCGAAAGCUAUGGUGUUGACGCUGUAACUGAUUUGAUGCCCAAAGUGAUAAAGGCCUUGGAGCAGUUAGAGAGUCUUGCAGGGAGAUACGAAAAAGAAAGCAGUGAAAUAUCAGAACUUAGAUACACUAUUGAUAAACUGGAAAAUGAAAAACGAGAGAGGGCACAAGAGAGACACCGCUAUGAAGAAGAGCUUCUACAAAUUGAGGAUAACUGGCAGAGAGAGACUAAGGAUUUAUUAAAGGCUGUGUCCAACCUACAGGAAGAAAAUAAACGCCUACAGGAAAGAUUGGUAGACACUAAACAGGCAGUGGCAGAGGAGGUGGAAGCUGUCACUCGAAAAACUGAAGAAAAAGAGAUUGAAGUGUUAACUAAAUUAAAGGAAACAGUUGACAAACAGAGAGAAGAAUUGAGAAAGUUUAAGACAGAAGCUAAACACAGAAUAUCGGAUUGUGAGGCUCUUCAGAGCCAGCUAGAUCAGAUUGUGAAGGUGAAUGCUGACCUAAGGAGGAGCAACAGUAUACAGAAGAAGCAGGCCCACACCUUGCUGGAGGAGAAAAGUGAAUUGGAGGCACAGCUGGCGGACAAGGAGCAGCAAAUUACCAAAAUCACACAGAUGAUCAAAGAACAGGACGAGAUUCAAACACAGCAGUCAACAGCUUCCCCUCAGCCCGCUCACCCCUCCCUCGAAGUAGAGGAAGAUGAAGUCCCCAUUCCAAACGAAGUUAGUGCCACAAUUUCCUCAGAAAAAUCCCAGUUUCCUCCUGGGGCCCCACCUGUGGGGGAGGAUCCAAGACAGGAGGAGGGUGAAAACAUGGGUCACAUUGAACACAGGCUCAGCAUGAUUGGUAAAAUGGUAAUUGACAUGAAGGAUCCAGACCGGCCAAGGUUUACAAUGAAGGAACUGAAGACUGUUCUGAUGGAGCGGAAUGAGCUCAAAUCUAAGCUUAUAGAGGUGGAGGAGGAGCUCACAGCUUAUAAGCCAAAAACACCCAGAAAGAACACUAAUUCAAGCACAGACAAUGAAUACCAAGGGGAGGAUCUACCUGUGGAGGGCCCCAUCAACAAAGAACCAGAGGAAAAGGUAUAUCCAGGACGAAGAAAACCCUCAGGAAUUCGUAAAUUUUUUACAGAGCUAGUGGAAAAACUCAAUUUGCCAGAGGUGGAUUUCUGAACUGUAAUAUUUGAAAGUUUUGAAUCAAUCUUCGGAUCAUCUUCCCCAAGAAGUCGCUCCACCAGUGAAAUUUGCUGACAGCCACCGGAUGUAAAUGAAGAAUAUUUCUGUGAUGAAGGACUCAAUAUGGCAGCCUCAUGGUCAGAUUUCCUGCAUGAAAAACAAUCAUACCCAUGGACUUAUUACAAUUAGGUUGUUGCCAAGGAAAUGUUCUGAUGCAUCAUGGGACCAAAAUAGAAUUAGUAUGUUACAGCUGUUGCAGUCAUCAGGUGAUAUUGUUUUUGUCUACACUCAUUACUUAAGCUAUAUUAACCAGUAUGAUUAUAAUAUUUAGAAAAUUUAUUAACUAAUAUAUUGUCCAUAUUUAUAUUCAUAGGGUGAAAAAUUUUAAACAUUUAUAUAAAUGAUAGUUUUACAUAGUUAAUUGUAAUCAAAUCAUACAAACUAUUUUUAUACAUGCUGACUGAUGUUGAGUAUAUAUUGUUCCUUGCCUAGCUGUCAUGUUUGUAUUGAGUUGAAAUUUGUCCUUUCAGAAACCUUAUUUAAAUAGAUUUUUACCUACAUUUUAUGAUAUUAUUUAAGCAUGCAUGAUGUUGUUAAUGUAUGUAAUUGAAAAAAAUGAAAUUAAGAUGUAGCUGUGCAAUUUAUCUAGCAAUGCUUGAAAGCUAAUUCAGGUGGGAAAAAAACAGUGUUUUCCAAUAGUUUCUUUAGUAUAUUUUUUAUGUUAAGUUUUCUCUUGCCUUUUACUUGUAUUAUAUUUUUGAAUUUUUUUUGCAUGUAGUAUUCUUUUUGACAAGUUUAUGUAAGAAAAAUAAUUAGAAGUACAAUUAGGGUAAAGAAUGAGUGGACUUUGUCAUAUUUUGAGUCUUAAUUUUUGCGAUUCCUUUACCAAGCUGUAAAUGAAAUGAACCCAAAAUAUUGUACAAGCAUUAGCAAGAUUGACAUAUACAUGAUUAUACUAGGUAGAAUAUUUGUACGAAAAUAAUGCCUUGGUGUCAUGAAUCAAAAUAGAAGUAACGAUAAAUUUGUGUCACAUUCCAGAAUUUGACAUCUAACUGGAGUAGAUUUUAAGUCACCAAAUCAACAUUUAUAGGAGGCGGGGCUAUGAAUCAACAUCAUGUUGACAUCUCUCUCUCUCUCUCUCUAGAAAUUCAGAUAUGUGUAUGGUAUAAGUUUUCAACAAUUACAUCAAUGUCGAGAUUUCUCUAGUAAGUAUUGUGAGGACUCACAAAAUUUUAACAAAGUGAUUACAUAUGAUUUAAUUUGCUCAAUAUUCUCAACCAAACAGGCUCUCAGAUCUGAAUUUGAUAGAUGUCACGUUUUAGAAUAAUUACAUGUAUAUUCAUGAAUACACUCGCAGCUGGACACCAGUGAUGAAUUGUAAUAUUCAAUAGGCUGAUCAGUGUCAUAUCAAGGGAAACACAGUCAUAGAAAUGGAAGCAACAAGUUUGUUUUAAAUAAGUUUUUGUGAAAUUAAUUAAAAGUGCACAUUUGUCUGCCCAUCUCCUUUUCAUAUGAAAUUUUGUUCAAUAUUUUUACAAACAUGUGCUGACUAUGUAUUGAGAUACUGAAAUAAAGAGUAACCCUGAUUAUCUAUUGAUAUUCAAGAAAUUGUUGGGUCCUAUGCCUUACAGUUUUAUUUGGUUUUUCCUUAAAAAAAGUAAGAUUUUUUAAAAUUCAUAUAUGUAUUGAGAAUACAUAGUUAAGAUAUUGGUGAUUUAUAUAAUGGAAAGAAAUACCUGGUAAGCAUGUAAAAAAACUUAUAAAUUUAUAAUUUCUUUUCAGAACUCUUUAGUCCACUCAUUCUUUAUUCAAAAGAAACUGCUAGCUUAUUCAUUGUUUUUUGAGCUUGUCAACAAUGUUGAUAAUCCAGGAAGUCCUAGCUGAGUACUACAUUAACAUAUCAACUAAAUAGCUAAUUUGUUCAACAAAUUUGUUCAAGGUUUUCUUUUUUUAUACCUCAGUUGUCUUCUUACACCAAACAGUAAUAUUCCUUUUAAAUAGUGCCAAUUUUUAAUACUUUGUAUUACAUGUAAUUAAAAUAAACCAAUAUUGAGUUCAAAUGAGCCUAUAGCUGCCAACUGACCACAAUCAGUGGGUCACAACUUCAGAAAUGUCCUUUCAACCACUAACUAUCCCUCCUGUGGCAGGUAACUGAACCAUCAGCAUUUUUUUUCAUCAUUAAAUGACCUUCCCACUGCUUUGAUAAUUUAGAUUUAUCAGUAAGAAUUUGCAAAAUUUCAACACAUUUCUGAUUUUUGCAAACCAUUUUGCGUAUUAAAUGUCAUUCAGUUUGACUAGCAAUUCUGAUUUUUCUAUAAUAUUAAAGUUUUUUAAAAAGUUCAAUUGGUGAUAUUUGACUAUUAAACAAACACUUGGUAGCACCUGUUGAUGUUUAUAAUACACAAAAGCAGGCAAUUCUCUGUACGUGUACAAACCUUGCAUCUUUUACUGUGUCACAUGUGCAGUUGUUACAGUUGUUGAAGUUUUGUUAUUGUGAUAUUUUUGUUGUUGUAUGUUUUAACUUUGUCUUAUUUAUCUUUGUUAACUUAGACAUGUCAUAAAGAUGUUUAAAAAUGAUAAAUUAACUGGAUGUAACUCACUCCAUUACUUAGUUUCUUGGAAAACUGAAAACAGAGCUGUGUUGGUUUUCAGAACAUUCCUCACUAUUUGAUUUAUUUUUUUAGGUUGAUUAAUGCAGGCUGUAAACUAACCUUUUUAUAAAGUCUAAUUUCUUAGGUGACAGUGUCAUUUGCUUUCAGUUUCCUUUAUAAAUUUCUUAGUGUAGAGUUGCAAUUUCCUUCAAGAUCUUUCCAGAAUGUAAAUUAUGUUCGAGUCAUCAUCAGUGAAUUAUAUUCAGUUUGGACAAAUACUCAGGCUAUUUAGAUUAAAUUUCAUUUAUUCUUCAAGGAACAGUUGAUCCAAAACUUGCCAUCACAUAAAAAAUUAAAAAAUCAUGAAUAUGCUUUAAAUUUGUUUGAGUUUGUUUUAAUCUUUAAACUUUUUUUCUGGGGAAGAAAUCCAGUUGAUCACUUUUGCCAAUAUUGAGUCUGUUAGGCCAUCUUUAAAAAAUUGUUUGGUUGCCCUCUCUCGACCGACUGGCUAAAAAUGGCCCAACUCAAAACUUUUUUUAACCUCCAGGAAAUUUUUGUUAUGCAUUCCAGAAAAUAUAUUUUUCAAAAAUUCAGCAUUGAUGUUGAAAUUUUCUAGGGAAAAAAAAUCCUACCUAGCUACUGACCCAAUUUUUUCAUCCUGGGUCAGGAGAGGACAAGCAAACAUUUUUUUAAAGUUGGCCUUAUUAUCAUAUACCUUUCUUUCUUAUUUUUGUUCAAAAAAAGGUUGUCAAGGAGUCAUUUAGAUAUUUAUAAUUGUGUUAUAUUCAUACAUAUUUUUGCUCUCUGUUUAAAAGGGUAUUUAUCUAUUUAUUCAUUUGUAAAACUUAAGAAAGUACCUUGUGCAAGAAUUUGUCUUUGAUAACCCUAAGAUUUUGAAUGUUAAUUCAUCAUGCUAGCUUAUUUCAUCAGUGUUAUAUCUUUUCAAACAAAGAUGUGCUCUCAAAAUAGUUCUGUUUUAACCAUGAUUUUUAAUCUGUUUACAGUGAAGUUUUUACAAUCUAGUCAUAACUAGAUUUUGUAGUGCUACUAUUUUGCAGGCAUUCCCUAGGUCACCUGGGUCACUCAGGUGAGCCAUUAUCAUCUGUUUUUGUAUGACAUCAUGGGCUGUCUUGUGAAAAUUCUUGUCUUCUACUGUGAAAUUAUUCAGCCAAUUUUGGUAUGUAGAAUCUAAUCAGAUCACAAAAUGUUAAUUUUAUGGUCUCCACCCUCUUGGGGCCUGAAGGAUGAACCAAAACCAUAAAAUUCAUGAAAUAUUUAAAAAUCUUUUUUAAUUAUAGAUGUUACCGUAAGUAGGGAAACUAUGACUAAAAUACAAAGCAGUUUGCCAUCAACUAAAAUUGUGAAAUUCAUUAUCAUGGCCCCAUUAUGAUAUUUAAAGAAUUCCUUUGAAAAAGCUUAUACCCCUGAAAAUGCUUUUUAUUCAUGGUCUUCUAGCAAGCAAACUGCUUAUCAGUACAUGAUUUAUAUAAUUUAAGCCCUUUACCAAAUUUUGAAAAUUAUGUCUUCAGGGCUCAGGCCCAAGGAUGGGGCCAAUUUGAAAAUGCAUCGUGCUUUCAAAAAUCUUUCCUGAUGUGCAUCAAGGAUUCAAACCUGUAGAAAUAUUAUAUUGAAUAAAGAGUCCUCUACCAACAUGUAAAAUUUAUGUCAUAUGGUUCCAGAGAUCAAGUUGGGACUGAGCUGGUCAUUGCCUGAGAAACUCAUGAUAUUCAGGUGAUCACCAAGGCUUGUUUCUAGGCACAGGUCUUUAAAACCCAUUUUUAAAAUUGCACUUCAUUUGUAACUCACCACCACUAGGUACUGAUUGUUACAGAAUAUCUUUGUCAUUCCAUUUUUUACAAUAAAGAUAAAAGGUACUUCAUACUUAUUAUAUUUUAUAAUAUUAUGUAUGUAGAAACAUAUUCAUGACAAGUAUUUCAGUGAUUUAGAAUAAAUUUGAUGUGUUCAGUUAUCCACCUUCUAAUCAUAACUGAAUUGUGUAGAAAUUUGAACAUCAAUAAAAUGUUGAUUACUCCA